UGAGUCAAAAGUUAGCCUUAAACUCAAUCAAACAAAGCCGCUAAACAAAUUUAAGUUGUCUCUUGGUCAAAAUAAAGCAGGCGAAACUGAUUGCAGUACAUCCAAGGAUAUAGAAAAAGGAGGAAGCCUCUUAUCACUUUUAAAUUUAGAUAAUAAAAUAUUCGACUCUCCUAAUGUUGAACAGAUCAGUCAACCACUUUCGCAAGUUUUAUCAAGUAAUUGUGCAUUUGCCUUCCCUGAUAAAUUUAUAAUUACUUGUUCUCCUGUUUUAAAAUCAGAAUUACCUAAAUCAAAACUUCAAGAGAAAAAGACUGAAGAAAUCCAAAUUAGUGUCCAUCACAGUCACAGACAUGAAGAUUUAGAAAUGCAUUGUCAGGAAAAAAAUGAUUUAUUAAAUAAUAUGUGCUCCCUUACUGAAUCUCCUAAUAUCUUGGCUGUGAGUAAUGUUAAAACUUCACCUAAUGAGUCUAAAAAAGAUAAAUAUAACUCAGCAUUAGAUGGUGUAAGUUCAACCGAAAACUUCAUUUUGACAAAUUUUAAAAGAUAUCUCUCUCCCAAGGUAGAAUCUUCAUUAAAACUUAAACGGCGAAAAUCAGCCGCUAAUGAGGGGGAAUUAGAAGAUCAAGGUCCAAUGCUUGGUUUAGUUGUGAGUUCUCCUGGUUCUGACAAUGUAUUAUGUAACAAUUUAUCAACUUUAGAUCAAGAUGAAACUCUGGUUUGUUCUCCCUCCUUCAACUCAGCUUUAGAUAUAAGAAAGUUUCCUUUAAUGCUCUCUGAUAUAACAGAAAGCAAUUCCCCCAAAGAAAAGUUUGAGAAAUGUUUACAAGAGAACAAAUGUGACACUAACGAUAAACUGGAAAACUGCUCAAGAAUUCCUAAUGUUAAGCCAAAUCCAGAGGAAAUGGUUCCAAAAGAAUUACAUCAGGAAAAGAACAAGGUUUUUAAUAAAGUAAAGACAUUACUUUCCAGUCUGACCGAAAACCCCUUGACAAAUGCUGGACUUGUUAAUGCCCAAGACCCAGGAUCCCCCAUUUUGGAAGGCCAAACAUUUAGAAAACCAAAGUUGCCAAUUGUAUCCUGUGAACCACCAAUUUUGAAAGAAAGUAUCAAUGUGCCUAAAAAUGAAACUACAAAAUGUAUAACGAACCCAAGUGACCAUUCUGGUCGUAAAAGUGGCAAAAGACGUAUAAGGAAAAAUUUAUCACUAUACUUUGAAGAGGUUAAACCUGGAACUUACAAAAUAAAUGACAAGACCUCCAAAUCUUAUUGUGAUGAUGAGAAUCGGAGACCUCUUAAGGGUAGAACGACGAAAAGCAAGCGGAUGAAAAAAUCAAAACUCAAUUGGACAUUAGAUGAUGAUGAACUAGUAUGUUUAAGCCAGAUUUCUGGAGUAGGAAAUCUUCAACCAAAUCCUAUCAAAGAUGUCAAUUGUGAAAAGGUGUCUAAUGUAUUUGAUGGAAAUCAAAGUCAUGUCCCAGAGGCCAAAUGUGGUACUCCAAGACACAGGGAGGACAAAUCAUCCAAAGCCAAUGUUCAAAAUCACAAACUACAAGAGAGAACUGCCAGUCUACACCUGGCAAAUUGGAAAAACCAGGUGCAACUGUUUUGUGAUAGUGAUGUCUGUAUUGAAGAUUUUGAUGAAGAAAGUCCGAUUGAGAGGGCAGAUAUUAUCAAUAGAGUUGAAGCCAAGAAAGUAGACUCAGUAAAAAGAAACUUAAACAACUUUGAAAGUGAUGUGUCUACAAAACAACUUUACCCAGAACCCAAGAGUAUGUUUCUCAACUUUGAGCCAGACAACCAAAACAACACUUGUGAAUACCCAUCUUCCGAGGACUCAUGCUGUGACGUCGAGAUCCAGGAAGAUUUUUCUCAAAGAACAUUUGCAAGGUCUCCUGCUUUCAAGAUAGAAUAUUCUACCACACCAAACACUAAGUCGUCCGAGGAAACUCAGAAUGAAACUGACUUACAACCACCGUCUUUUCCACCAGCUUUAGAAAUAGAUGUUAACACGGCUUCAUCAGCAGUAAUAAUUGAUUCAGCCUGCAAAAACAAAAGAACCAGGGUGAAAAAAGGCAGUCUGGUUGAGAGGCUGAGGAGGCUUGUCCGAGGACAGCGUGCCGAGGUCAACAUGUUCCAUCACGAGAUCUCAGCACCGAGGACCAACACUAAGACGUGUUCACUAUCUGUUGUCUCAACCACGCAGGCUUGCUCCUUGCUGAUGCUCAACUGUAGAUACACGGACGCCAGCAGAACAUCUUCCCAAGAUUAUGGGUCGGGAGAGGAGAUAGUUGAUCCUGAAGUACAUGUAUAUGUUGAUCCUUCAUACACCAAGAACAUCAGAGAAGGCUGUAACAUUACUGUUUUCCCACCUUGGCGCAGUUUGUGGUACGAGAGCAGAGGUGUCGUAGUCAUGUAUCAGGUGACUAAGAUCCGUCUAGAGACUACAACUCACAAAAUUAGUCUUCCUGUGGUCGAGGGUAGACAGCCCAGUCAUACUUCUGUGGCGCAGUUCACCUGUCAAACUCAGGAUGAGCUGUGUGGUUGCCGUAAUCAGCUGGUAUCUCAGCUGUUCACAGCCCCGCUGUUGUCAGUACAGCCCCACAAUGCAGCAGAUGGGGCUCUCACAGCUGCACUGGCAGGGGGCUGGUACCCUCAUAGGGUCAAGGUCAAACUUACCCUGCUGCACAGGUAUCAGGCGAGGUGUCAUCAAAACAAAGUACAGACAAGAAUUCUGUGUGUUGACAGCGAUGGGUUAAUGUGUCAGCUGAAUCUUCGUUCUGAAGAAGAUAUCUUGAAAUUAGGGUUAUGGAAAGAAUCAGAAGGAAAAACUUUUGUAAUGAGGAAGCUUACAGUGAGCAGACGUGUCUUUAUUGAUAGGAGUAGAGGUUUGAGAUCAUUCCUGAGCUACCUACACCCUGACUCCAGCAGUCAGCAGAUAAUGUAUGUAGCUACUCCAGCUGAUGACUGGACAGCUCAGCUGAUUGAGACAACAGCUGAUAUACAACCUAGGAUCACCAUACAUCAACAGAAACUCCUCACUUUGCCCAUAGAGGAGGAGGUGGAAGGAAGAGCGAAACUACAAGUCAGGGUGAUGGCUGUGCGUAGAGACGAACUGUUUGCUUGGGAGCCGAGACUCGAUCUGUACAUCAAGUUGAACAUAACCUCAACUGCAGCUGUGCCAAACUUUCCUGCUCGUGCGUGUCUAGACAUGAGUUACAUUUGGGCUCACCAAGGAGAAUUUACAAUAGACAAGUUCACUGAAGUGUCAAUAGUGGAGCUGAAAGAUGAAGACUCUCCUAACAUUCCUCCUCUUGCAGUUGACUCUGCUGAGGGAAAUCUGGUUCUUCUUGACAGUAUUGUGAGAAAGGUGAGCUCGGAUGCUUACCUGCGCUGGGAAGGAAGCUGCGGACACAAGGUGAUGCGAGUACAGAAGACUGGUCAGUUCUACUGUCUAACCUGCAGACAGACUUCUGCAUCCAGCACGCAGAACGUUGUGUUGGAAGUCUGUGUUUUUGCAGUGGACAUUCCACACCUUAUCAGGGUCAAGGUCAAAAGUGAAACGGCUAGAGUAUUAUUGGCAGAAACAAGCGGUCAAAUAUCUUCUGAAAAGAGCUACAAUAUGAUCGGAGUUAUUGGAUCUACACUGAAGUGCCUUGCAGUUGUGUCGGAAGUUUUGAGGAACUCAUUUGGGGACAUUAUUGAGUUUGUUCUUGAAGAGCUUUAACUUUUACUUUGUGUUUGACUGAUUCACAAGUUUAAAUCAAUUGAUAUUUUUUAUAUUAAGCUUCAACUGUCUCAAAAAUUAGUAACUGACUUAUUGGAAAAUGAUGUUUUGAUAAUCAUCCUUUAUUUUGUUUUGUCACUGUCUUACAUUAGUCUGCAACAUAAAAACUAGUCUGUAAAUAAAAGUUGGGUUAAAUGACAGUAUUUAUAUUACCUGUAUGAUAUUUAUAUGUUGGUGCAAUAUGAUCAAAGUUAUUGUAAUCAUUUCUUAGAAGAUUCGUAACUGAUAAUUAUUAUAAACAUCAAAGACUAAAAUGUCUAGCUUCCUUUGUGAUAUUGAAUAUUAAGUAAAUACUGAUGUAAUGUUUUUAUUUCUUUAU